GUGUCACAUUUAGCAAACAAAUCUACAAAAUGCAAGCUGUAUAUAAUACAACACAAUUAAUAUGGAUCAUUCUGAUGGCAAUCUUUACAAAAGAAUCAUUAGCAUUGCGUGAUGUUCGGGUUAAAGUGCCGCAUGCAGUGCGACGUGGACAGAAAAUCACAUUAAAAUGUCACUAUGACAUUGAAGAUGACACACUCUAUUCGGUGAAAUGGUACAAAGGACGAAGAGAAUUCUACAGUUAUACGCCCAAUGAGAAGCCGGCCAUAAAAGUGUUUCAAAUACCAGGUGUUCGAGUGGAUCGGUUUUCCUCCAAUGAAACACAAUUGGUGUUGGAAUCAGCAUCUAUGGCCACUGCGGGUAAAUAUUCCUGUGAGGUAUCAGCUGAUGCCCCCUCUUUUCAUACCUUAAUUGCUGCAGCCGAAUUAGAAGUUGUAGAACUGCCACACAAUCCACCACUUAUCAUUGGCAUACGACCACGUUACCACAUUGGUGAUAUAUUACGCGGCAAUUGUACAUCGCGACACUCAAAACCAGCAGCAAAUCUCACAUGGACAGUGAAUAAUGAAGAGAUACAAUCAUCUCAUGUACGUCAUUAUAAAAACCACAAAGAUACUCGCAAUGAAAUGCAAACUUCAACAAUAGGCCUGCAUUUUGUCAUCAACGACUAUCAUUUUGAAGAAGGAAAAUUAAAGAUACGUUGCACAGCGCAAAUUGGUGAUAUUUACUACAAGUCAUCGGAGAAAACCAUACUUGAUAUUGAAUACCAUCAUAAAUAUCUGAGUACAAAUACAGUCAAUAUGAUACCCACAGAUCGGGAUUAUGAUCAAUAUGCCUUGCAGGACAGCGAAAUGUUAAGGAAGAAAAAUAAUUAUUUAACACAAAUACAAGAUUUCUUUUACAAUUUUAUACCCUCAAAUGAUGCUGAAAUUUCCGCCUGGGCUUCGGCUGCCAACUCUACGUCAUCGCUUAAAUUGAUUAGCUGUUCCAUGAAUUUGUUAAUAACAUCCCUCUUCUAUUUGUGCUGGCAUUUAAAAAAUUGUUUUCUUAACUUAUCAUGAAAAUCUCAUUGAUUUCAAAUCAAUACAUGUUUGUUAAAAAUUUAAUUUUUCAAAAGAAACCUCACAGUGAUGUCUUGCAUACUAAAUUUAACCAGAAAGAAAAAUAAAAUAAAUUAAAUGUGAAAAAUAAACAUCUACAGCCAUUACACAAGAAACCAAAAAAAA